CUGCCUCAGAAGAGUCUCAGAAACCUGACACAACGUAGAAGAAUGGAAGCGAAGUUGGCGGAGUCAGACAAGUUGCUGAGGGAGAAAAAGUACCAAGCAUGUGAAGAGCUUCUUAAAUCCAUUAAAAAUGUGCCUGAAGUUGCUUGGAGAAAAGCGCGUUUGAUAUACGUACAAACAACCACUUUGGCGGAAAAGCCUUCAAAGGAUGUCCUGCAGAAAACCUUUCAGCGUGCCUUGGACGAAGUUGACGCAGGACUAAAGGCAAACGCGAAUCAUGCUAACUGUCUUACGUGGAAAGGAAUCUGUAUCAAUGAAUUGGCCCUGUUAUCAGGAAUCGAUGAAAGAAUCAAAUGCUCUCAUGAUAUGCGGGACCUCUGGCAGAAAGCACUUGAGUUAGAACCGGAAAAUGACGUCACUCUUCAAGCCAUGGGAACAUGGUGCUUUCACGUAGCAGAUCUGUCUGAACUAAAAAGGGCUUUUGCAAAGGCCUUCUUUACCAAUCCUCCAAGAUCAACGUACGAUGAGGCGCUAAACUAUCUAACUAAAUCGGAGAAAUUGGCGCCUGUUCAACAGAUACAGACACAGCUUUUAAUAGCAAAAUGUUAUGAACGCUUGAAGAACAAGGGCAAAGCAAAAGAAUACUGUCAAAAGGUACAAGCUAUGACGGAGACUGGGUAUCUCGCUGAAGAGGCAAAACGAGAAGCAAAACACAUCUCGGAAAAGUUGUAAUCUCACGUUAGUGGACAUCAUGUCGGAGCAUUUCAUUAGAUUCUAAAUCUAGGUUCACUAACUUAGCUAUUGUUUUCAGGAUAUUCUUUUACUCAUAAAGUUGGCUUCUCGCUGCAUU